CUUCCUUUCCGGGUGCUGCCCAUCAAGCUCGCCAGAGUUACAAAGGUGCUGGGAAGAACCGGCUCCCAGGGACAGUGCACCCAGCAGAUGUUCAUGGAUGACAGCAACAGAUUUAUCAUCAGGAACGUGAAGGGCCCAGUAAGAGAAGGUGAUGUCCUGACACUUCUGGAGUCUGAAAGAGAAGCCAGGAGGCUUCACUAGUGCAUAUGUGCAGACCUGCCAUGGCCAAACCUGUUCUCGUGGAGCACAUCAGCACCAGCUCUACAGUUGUUCUGUAGGCUUAAACGCAGUGUAACACUCUUCUCCAUGGAGGGAAGGAAGACACAAGAAACAGGGCUUUCAACUGCACCG